AUGCGGAAGGCCUUGUUCUUUGACGUCUUCCUGCGAGACCAUACACAUCUAAUGCACUAUCAUCGCCACGCUCUUCAUCUCCCUCGUCUGGGGGCACGUCAGCGAGUAAUCAAGUCCCGCAUCGAGCUCUACGUGUCCGUCAAGAACACGUUCAAGCCGCUGCUGUACGCCGCGAGUGGCUGGGCGAGCUGGGUCAUCAUCUUCGCCCACAUAUUCAAGUUGUACGACACCAACAACGAGGAGACGAGCCAGGCGGCCUAUCUGGACAGGGUCUAUCAAGUCAUCGAGUUCCUAUUCUUCUUCGCCCUGGUCGUGUGCCUGCAGAAGAUGCUGUCCCACGCCAUCGCGUUUGACUUCUACCGCACCGCAUUUGAGGAGCGUAUUGAGGAGAACCGCUCCCGCUCAUCGGGGUUCAACAAGUUCGGCUUCAACACUCCGACGCUCGAAAAGACCGGCUUCGAGUUUGGCACCAAGAAGAAGCGCGAGCAGCGCAACAGCCGCGAGGUGGACACGGACGACGGUCAUGACGCGGACGGCGAGGACGACAAGGACCGCACGCUCGUGGACAAGAAGGCUGACAUGUACAUGGAGCUCAUGGGCAGCUCGUCGCGCCCGAUGACGCCUGCGUUGACGAAUACGCUCUCGCUGCAUUGCUACCCGCCCACUGGCACGGGCCUCCCAGGCGACGAGACGCCGGAAGUGCUCACGCAGGCUGCAAAGGCGCUGAAGACGGUCGUUCUUCACGACGCGCGCAACUAUAAGGGCAAGCAGAGCGACAACGGGCUUAUCUGGAACGUCAACAGCACGAGCGAGGCCAAGCGCCUCGCCCGUAUCUUGUACUUCCGCCUCAAGCACCCGAAGCGCUCGUACCUGCUGCCCGAGGACCUCAACCCGGCUUUCUCCUCGCCCGAAGAAGCGCAGAAGGCAUUCCGCGUCUUCGACAAGGAUAACAACGGCGAUUUUACGCGCGCAGAGAUUAAACAGACGCUCGUCAAGGUCUACAAGGAGCGCCGCUGCCUCUCGAUGCGCGACGUUGGCUCCGCUCAGAAGAUCCUCGACAAAUUUUUGCUGUUCUUCGCCUUCGUCGUUUUGUUCUUCAUCUCGCUCAGCGUCUUCGGCGUCGACAUCGGCUCCAGUUGGUGGGGUAGUAACUCUAAGGUACUAUCUCACCGUUUGGUACACCACGGCCUUGGGCGGGGGUCGGACGGACAUCCGGCGGAUGACCUCCGGCGUGGUCUGCGGAAUGUCGGGCGACAUCCCGCGAGACGUCCCCGGGCAUUGAAACAGUAGUAGCCCGACCUCGCGAGACGUGAUAUGCCAGUGACAUCUCUCGAUAGACAUCCCUCGUCGUGCUCGAGACAGCAGGAGGUAUCCCUCGUAUCGAUACCCAGCUAGCUUCGUAUCGAAAUAUUAAUUCUGGCUCAUUUUCUCACUCACUCGCGUCGUUUGGGGUGUGCAAUCAUCACAAGUCAUCUGUAUUCAGCCUCAC